AUGGCUCUCACAACGCCUCCUCGUGGGGUAACGCCUGGCAACCUGCUUCUCGUCGUUCAUGAUUUCGAUGCGCGUGGCCCUGAUGAACUGACCCUGCGCCGCGGAGAGAAAAUUGAGCUCGUGGAGCUGGAUGAUGGGUUUGGAGAUGGGUGGUACCUAGGCAAGGAUUUGAAUACGGGCUCAACUGGUCUUUUCCCAGGAGUUUACACCACUACUGCCCCGAGGAUUCCCACCAGACAGCGGCUAGAUGCCGAUGGCAUGACCGCACUGGCCUCAGAGGCCGGGACGGAUUCCGAAUCGAGCCAGUUGGAAGCCACAGACUCCUUCUCAUUUCCCCAGAGCGGCGAAUCCACCCCGCAUGUUUCUCGCCAUACCAGUGCCUCGGACCUGCGGGCUCCAGAAUUGCAAGGGGGUCCUGUCGCCCCAGCGCUUUCUCCGAAACAGCAGAACCGCUCCAGUUCCUCUCCUCUACCAACCUCCACUAUGAGCAUCGAUAUCCAACAGUCAAUCCGACAGACCAUGGACGGCCACCAUGCCAAUGGCCAGGACAGUCCCGUCAUGAACGAGACGCUUAGCGUGAUCGACGAGCACAUCACCGAUCUGAGCACGCCGCGCCAUAGUGUGGCUGGUCAGGAAUCCAAGCACAUGAACGACUCGGCCAGCGAGUACAGUAGCCACUUCGAGCACCGGAUGUCGUAUAUCAAUGGGCACGAAACCGAUGAGGAAGAAGAGAACCAGCCGCGUGAAGAGCAGGUCCGGCAGUGGACGCCUGCAGAAACGGCCAAGCAGUUGCGGCAAUGGGGUAUCGAGGACAAGCACUGCGGCAUCUUUGAGGAUCAGGAGAUCACGGGCGAUGUCUUACUUGACAUGAACCAGGACUUUAUCUUCAUGAAGGAGUUUGAUUUUGGCGUCAUGGGGCGGCGUUUGAAGACCUGGCACAAAAUUCGAGCAUUCCAGGAUGAGAUCAAGGGUGUCAAAUCCUCGUCUCAACACCACCCUCGCGGUUCAGUGGCUGCUGUUCCCGCUCCUCCAGAGGAACGGACACUCAGUCGCGCCAGCCAUACCGGCCCGCUCCUGCCCAGGAUCCCGACGCUGCGAGGGUCGAGCGGCACUCAGCACCCCCGCCUGGUCAGCAGCAGUAUGCAGAGCAACACCAGCUCGCCGAUCACACCGCAGACACCCAACUACGUGAGCCAUUCUCGCCGACCAUCGGCUGCUUCCAUCCGCGAAAUCAACCACUCCCGACGCCACUCGUCCAUCGACACGACGAACCGGUACUCGGGUGCUCUGGAAGGGUCGCCAGGCAUCGGCAAGCGCAGUUCGUUCGAUCGCGGCUGGACUUUGGCCAGCGGCGCUCAGCGGCUGCCUCCUCGCCCUGGAACUGCAGCCGGCACGUCUCAUCCGCAGGACAUGGGUUUCUUUUCCCAGUUGAGUCACCGCCCCUCCAACUCGAAUGGGUCUGAUCCAGCUGUCUCCGUCACCGACGAAUUGGACCGGGGCUACUUCUCGGGGCCCGAGGGAGACAUGCGCAAGAACCGGCGCCUACAGAAACGUCAAUCUGCUGCGGGCAGUGCGGACUCUCGGGCAUCCAACAUGACGAAUGACCAGCUCCGCGUCGGCAAGCGCCAUUCGCGCAUCGGCAGCAUGGACUCGAUUCGGGAGUCUGUCAAGCAGAUGAACCCUCCGGCCAAAUCGCACACCAGCCCGGUGCCCAAGGGCCGUCUCCGCAGUCUGAGCACUCGCAUCGUUGACCGCCGAGGACAGCAAUCAGCGCCCGCUUCCGCAGUGGAGGAUCGGCCCAGCGGUGCGUUAGGCUUGUUUGGUCCGCUGUUUGGCAAGUCCGACAGCGAUUCCUCGCGCUCGUCCGGGGUACCUUUGCCUCAGCUCAAGGGUGCGGGACCGAAAUUCCGGCGUGCCAUGGGAAUUCGUGCUUCGUCUGACGUGGCGCCGAAGGGAAUUGAUACGUCGACGCCGCCGCCGGCCUCUCCCGUUCGGGACAACGAUCCGUCGGCGCGGACCGGGUCGACCACCCCUUCGACGUCCAAGAGCUCGGAGCGACACAGCACCGAUGGGUCUAACAAGACCGCUGAGGGUGGCCUGUGGCCUCGAUCCCGGCCGUCCGUCAAGGCGGGUGUCAAGUCCAAGAAAGACACGAGCGCGUAUAUCCGCGGGCUGGAGAAGAAGUCGCCACAGGAGCAGAUGGUCGGAUGCGAUUACUUCGGGUGGAUGAAGAAGCGGUCUUCCAACCUGAUGACGACGUGGAAACCCCGUCUGUUUGUCCUGCGGGGGCGGCGUCUGUCGUACUACUAUUCGGAACAGGACACGGAGGAGCGUGGCUUAAUUGACAUAACUGCUCAUCGAGUGUUGCGCGCAGACAAUGAUCCCAUUGUGGCCCUCCAUGCCACCAUCACGGGAUCGACCGCAUCGCCGACUCCGGCCAGUCAGUUGAGCCAGGGGGAUGGAGCUUCCUCCGAUAAGGCUGCAGCAGAGGCCCUUCGGGCGACCAAGGGAGCUGGUGAAGGGCCGUUCUUCUUCAAGCUGGUGCCGCCAAAGUCAGGAACAUCACGGACUGUUCAGUUUACUAAGCCAGCCAUCCAUUACUUCCAAGUUGACAACGUGCAGGAGGGUCGACUGUGGAUGGCGGCGUUGAUGAAGGCGACGAUUGAGCGGGACAUGGCGCUGCCGGUGGAGACAACGAACAAGCAGCGUACGAUCAGUCUCAAGGAGGCGCGGCUGAUGAACCAACGUCCUCCAGCGCUGAUGACUGGAUCGCCUAAUACAGCGGAUGUGGCUCCUCCCGAGACAGAGACGGAGGCACAGGACGGCUUGACGGAUCUGGAGCAAGAUCGCCAAGGGCUGUUAAUCCAGGGGGUGUCCAUGGAUCCGGAGACAGAGCCGGUAUAUGUGGAUGCGGAGGAGCAUCGAUCGGCGAGUCCGGUCGCGAUGGACGAGGUGUCAGUUCCUGGGUUGCAGCGGAACUCGCAGUAA